AUGGACGGCGAAGAACUCGAAACGCCGAUCUUUUCCUUCACCGCCAUUGUUCAGAGACGUGAGCAGGAGGCAGCCAUGGUCGGUUUUGAAUUUUGAACCGGAAUUAUUGUUCUGGUAACGUUGGAAAAAAACUUAUCCGAGAAAUUAUUAUAUUCUCGAAGAUAAAUCUUCGAAAUUGUCAGCAAAGCCUUAAAUAUCUCCUUAAGUUUUUCUCAAAGAUAGAAAAAAGAAUGAAUUUCGUUUAAAAUGUCAUAAAAAAUUGUUAAGAAAUGCUUUGCACCUUCUUAUCAUAUUUAUUCUUGGAUGUUCAACAGCUCCCUUUCUGACAUUUUUGUUCACUGUUUUUCAUCCUCGAAGAAGUUUUUUUUUCAGAAGACAGGGAGAAUGUCUUUCGAAAUCUUGUCAGAAUACUCUAACUUUUUUUUUAUCGAAAAAAGAAUCUCUUCGUGCUGUCGGAACGGUCCGCGUCAUUUCUUAUCUAUUCAUUUUUGCGGGGCUUUUUUGGUGAUAAAAUGCUUUUAUCAUUCAACCAGACAUUUUCAAAAGGUUGGAGAACUUCAACAUAAAAAAUUUGAUAGGUGCAUAGUUUUUGGUUUUAACUUUGAAAGAAGCUUCUCAUGGCUAGGAUGUUUUAUUUUGUCUUUUGCAGGUAUCAGAGUCGAGGAACAGCAUCAUGGCUGUCUCGCAUGACGAGGUUCGUUUCGAAUAGAAAGUAACAGAUUUUCAAGGGAUUCUGAGAAUUAUAUAUGUUGGAGACAAGUUUCAAAACAGAACUUUGGCUGGGUUUAAUGAAUGACACAGGAGAUUGAGUUGAUCGUCGAAAAAGUCGCGAGAAAAAGGAAAUCUAAGAUAUCUUGAGAAGUUUAGAAAACUGAGAUUUAAGAAAAGUAAAUGAAGAAUUUUAGGCACUCUUGAUUUCAGGCACUAGCUGAACAGAGGUGAUUGAUAUCUAACGAAAAAAAAAAACCGUAUUUUUAACCGAGAUAAUGAUCGAUUUAUUUCUGUUGGAAAGUGGGAAAACGAUUUAUUUGUUAUGUUCGAAGAGAAUUCGUAAGGAACGGCGAAAUUCAAGGCUCACUUUUCAUUUGAGUUAUAGAAGCGAAAAAGUUUCUGCAAAAUUGUUUAAAUUUGUAGACAAAAUCGGGAGAAUCUUCGAUUAGUCGGGAAGUUUUUUCUAAGGGCUUUUCGGGAGUGUUUGUCAGUUUUGAUUUUCGCCUUCUUUUUUUUAUUAAAAAAAUAAUCACUUAGAAAUAUAUUUAUAGAACAUAUGCUAAGUCUUCGACAUUUAUAAGAGUAUUCAAUGCAGAUUCUCGCGAAUCAAGUGACUCCUGAAAAGUGGUCGAUGGGCGAAAAACGAAAGACGACGCCGAUGAACUGCAGCCCCAGCAAACAGUGCAAACGCAGGAGGUUCCGAGAAACAGAAAUAAAACAUGAAAAAAAACCAAAACUCUAUACAGCUCAAUUCCCGAUAAAUUUCAUAAUGUUCUUUCCACAUAAAUAUUGCGAAUUUCGAUAUUGCCGGAAUCUUUCCAGAAAAAUCGAAACAUGAAAAAAAAACCAUAUUUUCAGUGUGUUUUCGAACUUCUUGGAAGAACAGUUAAUGGAAAGAUGUCAUUUUUUCAGAGAAAGACUUUCUGAAAAGAUCGCGACGUUCGUUUUCAUGGACCUCGAGACGACUGGAAUUUUCGAAGGUGGCUCAAAACCUCACUUUUUUCGUUUCAUCGAAUUCAGAAGGCUCUUCUCGAAUGCACGUCAACGCGGAGACGACCAAAACGACGGAACAAUUCACGAAUUUCCUCAACCAUUCUAUAAUAAACAGUUUGGUUCAAGAGAAUUUCGCUGCAAUCGAAACUUGGUUUUCAGCCAGACAGUCCGACUACCCACGGAUCACUGAAAUGUCGUUCGUUUCCGUCCAAAGACCGACUCUGGUCGAACUCCGAGAAGCCAUGGAAGCACUUUCAGAGAAGGAGGUUUGAAAUUUGAAUUGGUUCUCACUGAGUUCAACUUCGAUUUUCGAUUGAUUAUUCGAAUUGAGGAGGCCGCAAAGGUCUUUUCGGACUCUCUGUAAACUUCUCUGAGUCAUGAACUGAACGCUUUCCAGCAUAAUGAAUGCUCUCGAGUUGAGGAUUUUUCAGCCAGAAGCUUGUCUGAAAAUGAAAGUUCCGUGCAACGUGCACACAAGGCAGAUCAAUCCGAAGUUGACUGCCGCCGAGUGGUCCGUUUACGAAGCCAAGCGGACAGGAGCCAAGAAAGGAAGUCAGUGAUUCGACGUCUUCUGAAAACUAGAACAAUCUGAACAGAAAAGAAUGAAAGAGAUCCGAAGUUCGAUUUUCUUUCUCAUGGAGGAUCAAUAAAGUUUUCUUUCACAGAGAGACUUUUUGAACUUUCCAUUUUUUUUCACUUAGUUCCUCACUUUUACAAAGCUGCCUCAGGGAAGAAUAUUUCUUGUUUACAGUCCUGGUUCACGCGCAGAGAACCCUUCAGCUGAAAAACACGUUCGAACAAGAAUGGCCCUCGGUUGUACAGUUCUUGGACAUGUGUCCCAAGCCCGUCUGCAUGGGUUUUCCUUUUUUUCGCUUCUGAAUCGAAUCCUUUCAUUUCAGUUGCGCACAAUGGUAUCUAUUUCGACUUCCGAAUUCUUUACGGCGAAAUAAAAAGAGCCAACUAUUUGGAGCGCUACAAGAUCCCCGAUGACGUAAGUUUUUCGUGGUUAGAAUGUUUGACGGAAAACAAUUUUAGUAUAGGUAUCAUAUUGAAUUAAAUUUUCGGGUUUUUUUAAAUGAUUUUUAUAAGUUGAUCCUUUUUUAGUUAGGAUAAAGAGCAGACUCUGCUUUUUUAACUGAAAUUUAGUUUUUCUUCUUCAAAUGUUUUAGAAGGCGCGCAAAAGAGAUAACUGACAUAUAGUUCUUCCUAGAUCAAUAAGCAUUUUCCCAUGUGAAUGAAAUAAAUGAAUGUUAUUAUGAGUAAAAAUCGCCUCAGCAUUUUUCUCUCAUAGAGAAUAAUUACAUAGUUCUGGUAUUUUUUUGGAUCAGGUGCAUCAAAAAGGAUAUCUAUGCGAAAAAAGUAUUCGAAAAAAAAUAAUAGAAAGAUAUAGCCUUUUAAAACCUUUUCAAAUAACAUACCGAAAUCAGGUUCUGUUCAUCGACAGCUGGGUUAUGAUCAAACAAUUGGAGGAACGUUACUACAACGACUUGCAGACAAUUAUUCGAGGCAUUAAAUGGAACGGUUCGUUUGAAUACUCUUUUCUUGGGUCGACAAUUUCAAAUUGAUAAUUAAAAAAAGUUUUUUUCUUAAAGCUCUGCAUAGUUUGACAAAAAAAUAAGAGAAUAAAACCCUUGAAGAAAGAAAAAAAACUUUGAAUAUUCCUAUAUUUCCAGAUGUCUUCAGAAAUCAUAACGCAAAAGUUACCGCACAACAAGCGGAAAAGUCAACUGGAGACGAAGAUUCUCUAGAAGAAGCAGUGGCGAGCAUCCGGUUUGCUAUUGAACAUGCAAUUCUAGUUGAGAAUUUAUUGAUUUCAGAGCUCAGAAGAAUUCCACAGACCAUCCCUUGAUGCAUAUGAACGUGGACGAUUGGUCCUUGGCCAGAAAACGCCGCACGAAACCUGAAUAUUUCAGGUGACAUUCAGAAAUAUUGCUAUGAAGAAAGAAAUGUUUGAGAGUGAUCCUCGAGGAUAAAUGGGACUUCAACAAAGACGCCGCCCUGAAGGCCGCGAAAAGCGUCUCCGCUGUCUAUAAAGAUGUAUGUUUCCAUUCGAAACGAGAAUCUCUUUUCCUGUCUUUGCAGGUAAUUAAAGGACCCUAUGAUGCUCAUUAUGCACAAGACGAUUCCGAAGCAUUGCUGCAGGUUUUUCUUUCUUCCUCAGUUCAAAAAUCGCCCUUUUUGCAGAUUUGCUUGGCCUACGGCGUCGAUUUCCUCAACUACGCUGACAACCGAGCAGCCGACUUUCCAUUCUAA